AUGUCCAACACAACAUUCCUACUAUCCUCAUCAAGCUCGACUCUCCCUUCUUCACCUUCGUUAUCCUUACUUCCAUUUUCACUUGGUACAUCAUCUUCACCGUACUCUACUCCCUCAGCUCCCAUUUUAACUUAUUUCAAACCUCGACCUAUACCUUCUACCUCUACCUCGUCAGUUCAUCCUGAUGCUGCUCCUCCCUCUACCUCUGCGGCUGCGUCUAAUGCUGGUUCUGGUUCUGGUUCUAGUUCUACUUCUGGACCUGCUCGUGGAUCUACCUCAGUCAAAGCUUCUUUUAGAGGUCGAACAGUCAUAGGACAAUAUAUCGAUAUACCAAAAGGGUGGAAUGGAUAUAUAUUAUCAACUGGCAAACGACCCGAUCAAGGUGGUAUCGAGAUUCAUUCAAACACGAUUUCUUCACGUCAAAAAAAUAAACCUUUGAUCGCCAAGAAUGACGUCAACGGGGAAGAGGGAGAGGAUGAAGGAACGAAUUUACGUAGAACAACAAGACAACAUCCUCAUCCGGGAGGUAGGGUUAGAGGUACUGGACAAAUCGCUUUAUCGAAACCCAAAACUAGAGCUAGAGCUGUUGUUUCCAAGAAACGUUAUAGACUUGAUUCAGACGAUGAAGAUGAAAAUGACGACGAAGGCGCAGACAAGAAUGGUAUAAAAGAGGAAAAUGAGGAAGAGGAAAAGGUAGUUCAAUUAAGUAGGACGCCGAGUAAACGAUUGAAAUCAAGUUACACAACUCCGAAAAAAUCGAUUCCCUCAAUCAUCGGAAAUGGGGAUGGAGAAAUAUCGAGUGUGAUACCUGAAAUUAUUAUACAAGAAGCUACACCACUGAAAUACCCAUUAUCAACACCUAGAAAACGCUUAAAUGAAAGAAGAGGAAGAAGAUCAUCUCCUACUCCAAGAUCAGGAACUUUACCCAAUGUAACUGAAUCAAUGGAAUUAGUGGAGGAUCAAAUGAAAGUUGAUAUCAGACCAGUUGAAGAUGAUGAUGAGGAUGAAGAAGAAUAUACACAAAUCUCCAAUGAGAUUCAAAGUAAUUCUUCGAUAUCAAUAAAAUCAAUAAUGAAUCCUGACAAUAGUGAAUCCAGUUUACUUGAUGAGUCAACAGGAUUGGAUAUCAAAGAGGACGGAAAAGAAGAACAAUUGAUUCCUUCACCUUCUACAGAAGAUGAUCCACCUUCAUUCGAAAUACCACCUACUUCUCAACCUGACGCCGCCUCGUCAGGAUUGAAGCAGGAGGAGAUAACGUCGAACAACGAGGAAGAAAUUUAUGAUGGACCCAUGAGAAUCCUUAAACCGAUAUCAACAUUCAACGGUUUCAUGCUAUAUACACCUGAUGACCCCUUAGCUGGAUUCAGGGUCGAUGAAUUACAAGAUCGAGCUCAGUCAGCGACGAAUGCGUCGAAAGAGGAACAUUCAAGUAAAGGUCAAGAAUUUGGAAAUGGGGAAAAUACUUGUAGGGUUUCGGAUGAGAGUGAAAGUGAUAAUAAAGGUAUACAAGUAAGACAAAGUUGGUGGAGAUCAGGCGGCGCAGGUGAAGGUGGAGAUGAAUUCAUAAGGGGUUUAGGUGAAUGGUUGGGUUUGGUAGAAUUGCUGAAUGAACAAGUUUACCUUGAUCCGACUUCCGAUGAAGAUGAUGAUGAAGAGUAG